UUUCUUCGUUCUUCGCCCUUCCUUCUAAUUUUCUCCUCUCGUCUCAUUGAAAAACCCUAGCAAUUCAAUUCUCCUCUUUUGUUUGACCAAAGAAAGGAUCUUUGGUGGAGAUCGAUAAUGGGAGGAGGCAACGCACAGAAAUCCAAGAUGGCUCGCGAGAGGAACUUGGAGAAGCAAAAGGCAGCUGGAAAAGGGAGCCAGCUGGAAACCAACAAGAAGGCGAUGACGAUUCAGUGCAAGGUAUGCAUGCAGACAUUCAUUUGUACAACAUCAGAAGUGAAGUGCAGGGAGCAUGCUGAAGCAAAACACCCUAAGUCUGAUGUUAACCAGUGCUUCCCCCAUCUCAAGAAGUAGCACCACUAUACUAUAAUCUUUUCAAGUCUCAUCCUAUAAGUGGACAUCGGUUUAAAUCCUCAGAAGAAUGCAGUCUAGAUUAAUCUGUUGGGACUUGUAUUCAGUGUGUAAUGUGAUCUUUAUUAUGAUUUAAACUAAUGAGAACAUGGGCUUGUUUCUGUUGACACUUCUUGUACUCUAUUAUUUAUUAGACUGCUUAUUUACUGAGAUUAAACUGCUUA